AUGGCCGACGUCUCCGAUCCGAAAAUCGACGAAGCGUACCAGGAUGUCCGUUCGGACAAGACUGAAACGAACUGGCUUCUGCUUGACUAUGAGUCUGACCGCUCGGACAAGCUGAAGCUCACGUCGACCGGAUCGGGAGGCCUCGCCGAGCUGCGCGAGCAGCUGGACGACUCCAAGGCGUCGUACGCGUACGUGCGCGUGCAGUACUCGAACGACAAGGAGUCCGUCCGCGAGAAGUUCAUCCUCGUCGUCUGGAUCGGCCCCAAUUGCAAGGUCAUGCGCAAAGCGAAGAUCUCGGUACACUCGGCGGACGUGAAGUCCGUGCUGCGCGUGUUCUCGAUAGAAGUACCCGCUCGGGAGAAGGACGAUCUCAAGGAGGAGCCAAUCAUCAUUAAGCUACGGAAGGCAGGAGGUGCGAGCUACGACGGCGUUUAG